AUGGACAACGUCGUAUGCGGACGACUUCCUAUAACUCACAAACUCGUCUUCUGGUUUGUUGUUAUGCUAAAGUGUCCCCAAGACUCGAACAAUGUUAAAAACCAAGAGGAUGUCGCAAGAUUGACACUAGCGUCGGUCCGUGGAUUCUCGGAAGAGUGGAAAGAGAUGGUGAAGAAUUGCGAUAUCGACUCCUUAUAUAUCAGCCGUUUAAGGUAUCGAGCUCCAUGGAAUGUUCUGUCCGGUAAAUUCCGACGUGGCACCGUGACAGUGGCUGGAGACAGUAUGCACCUGAUGGGUCCAUUCUUAGGACAAGGCUGCUCGGCUGCGCUUGAAGAUGGUGUCGUUUUAGCAAGAUGCUUGUGGAAAAAGUUAGGUCAAGACGGUGUGAAUAAUGUCUCUUCGUUGAAGCAAAUGGAAGAAGCCAUUGAUGAGUACGUUAGAGAAAGAAGAGGGAGGCUUGUGGGGCUCUCGACACAGACGUUUCUUACCGGUAGAUUAAUCGAAGCUUCGUCGCCGGUAAUGAAGCUCUUGUUUGUUGUUUUGUUGAUGAUUCUGUUCCGUGAUCAAAUUGGUCACACUCGAUAUGAUUGUGGCCGUCUUUAA